AUGUUGUCUCGUUCAGUCGUGCGUACUUUGAGGUCUCCUGUUACUGCCAUCAGAAUGUACAGUGAAGCCGGCUCAACCGGCACCACUAGAGGUGGAACUUCUGACGACACCUUCACCAAGAGGGAAAAGGCUAGUGAAGACUGGUUUAUCAAGCAACAUGAAAAGGAACAGCUAGAGCAUUUGAAGAAACAAAUUUCGGAACAAAGCAAGAGAAUUGAACAUCUGGAAAAUAAAGUUAAGGGAAAUAACUAA